AUGGGUGUUCACCCCAAAGUGUUCCCGGACUGCAUGCAUACAUCCGUCCUCGGGCUGAGGAGUGUCCACAUGAGUUCGUUGAGGUGUCUACACAGGAAUCAAAACCUCUUUUCUAUUCUGUCGAGAGUUCGGAUUGCUCCACCUAACUUUUUGGUAGGAAGGGCGGUAGUAGAGUUGCGUCAGGUCCUUCGCGUCACUCUACUCUUGGUUUUCCUGGCAGGGAUGCCCAUUGUUCCUUGCGAUAACUACUCUUGGAGGAAGGGCUGGGCUACUAGAUGGGCGGGUCAGAGCCUUCUGUUGGAGGAGAUUGAUUUGACUUGCUAUCGUACUGAGUCUUCCGCUGGAACUGGAUUCUCUAAAGCUGAAAGUUUCUUCGCCCUCAUCAAUGAAUUCAUUAGUUUCUUCGCAUUGAAGGAGAAGGCUGAGAACGGCCUUGUUUGGCUCAUCAAUUCCAACAACCAACAAACGGUUACAUCAAAGCUUGAAAGCCCUCCUAGCGCCUAA